AUGGAUCCCGGUAUUGCCUCCUUCUUUAGAGAGCUGCUCCAGCUUCUGCUCCUGCUUUGCGUGGGGGAAGAUUACUGCAAUGGGCCGCUGGUGUCUGCGCUGCCUCCAACGUCGUUCGAGAGCUCGUCAACAGCCUCCAGUAGCCAGUCCUCUUACCUUGCCAAGCUCAACAGGAGAGACGGUGGAGGCGGGUGGUCGCCGCGGUCGUCUGACGGCCACCCCUGGCUCCAGGUGGACCUGCGUGAGCGUGUGGAGGUGACGGCGGUGGCCACACAGGGGCGCUACGGCGGCUCCGACUGGGUGAGCGGCUACACGCUGAUGUAUGCCGACACGCCGCGCGCCUGGAGGCAGUACCGCCAGGAAGACAACGUGGCGACGUUCCCAGGAAACAUCGAUGCAGACGGGGUGGUGCAUCACAAGUUGAGCCAUCCAAUCAGAACCCGUUUCCUGCGGUUCAUCCCCUUGGAUUGGAGCCCUGCGGGGUGGGUGGGGCUUCGAGUGGAGGUGUACGGAUGCGCAUACAAGUCGGACGUGGCGGACUUCGACGGGCGAAGCUCGCUGCUCUACCGGUUCAACCAGAAGUCCAUGAGCACGGUGAAGGACGUCAUCAGCCUCAAGUUCAAGAGCCAGCGAGCGGACGGGGUGCUGGUGCACGGGGAGGGACAGAGAGGAGACUUCAUCACUCUGGAGCUACACAAGGGGACACUGGCACUGCACCUUAACCUGGAUGAUGCAAAGCUGCACCCCAGUAGUGGCCAUGUCUCCAUGACGGUGGGCAGUCUCCUGGACGACCAGCACUGGCACUCGGUGCUGAUCGAGCGCUUCAACAAGCAGAUCAACGUCACGGUGGACAGGCAGACACGACACAUCCGCAGCAGAGGGGUGGCCGACUCACUAGAGGUGGACUACGAGCUCAGCUUCGGAGGGAUCCCUCUGCCCGGAAAGCCGGGAACGUUCUUGAGGAAAAACUUCCACGGAUGCAUAGAGAACCUGUACUACAACGGCGUCAACAUCAUUGACUUGGCCAAGCGGAGGAAGCCCCAGAUCUACAGUGUGGGCAACGUGACCUUCUCCUGCUCGGAGUCUCAGGCCGUCUCCACCACCUUCACCAGCUCCAGCUCCAGCUACCUGCUGUUGCCCGUGGAGAUCCCCUCUGAGAGAGACAACCUGGCCGUCAAGUUCCAGUUCCGCACGUGGAACCGCGAGGCCCUGCUGCUCUCGGCGCCGCUGGCCCGCGCUCCGGAACGCCUGGUGCUGCUGUUGACCGCGGGCCAGCUGAGGCUCACGCAUCACAGGUCGCCGCUGCAGAGGUCCGACAUUGCAACUGGUCAGAGUUUGAGCGAUGGCCAGUGGCACACCAUCAGUAUCAGUGUGAGGGGUCUGCAAGUGUCUUUGACACUGGACAACGACCCAGUUUCCACCAUGGAGCUCCGGGACCCUGCCGAGCCGGGAUACACCAUCCUGUUUGGAGGUUGUCCCCCUGCUGUGGCCAGAGAGAGCUGCCGGAACCCCACCAUGGCCUUCCAGGGCUGCCUGCGCUCCAUCGUCAUCAACAACCAGCCGGUCAACAUGUACCACGUGCAGCAGGGCCUGGUGGGGAACUACAGCCAGCUCCAGUUCGACUUCUGUGGAAUUCGUGAUAGGUGUCUGCCUAACUUCUGCGAGCACGAGGGCCAAUGUUCUCAGUCCUGGAGCACAUUCUACUGUGAGUGCUCCGGAACCGGCUACACAGGAGCCACAUGCCACAACUCGAUCUUUGAGCCAUCGUGUGAGGCCCACAGGCAGACUGGAAGUGCAUCAGGGUACUUCUCCAUUGACCCCGACGGCAGUGGGCCCCUAAAGUCCACCCUGGUCUACUGCAACAUGACCGAGGAAAAGGUGUGGACAGUGGUGGACCACAAUAGCAGUCAUGCGGUGAGCGUCCAUGGCUCCACGCCACAGCGCCCCCAUGUGGGGAGGUUCAACUACAGCGCCUCCACAGACCAGCUUCGUGUCCUGAUCAGCCGCUCAGAGCACUGCCAACAGAAAGUGAUGUACCGAUGCAGGAAGUCCCGCCUCUUCAACACCUGGGAUGGGACGCCCCUGGCAUGGUGGCUGGACCGGGCGGGUGAGAAGCGCACCUACUGGGGAGGCUUCCUGCCGGGAGUGCAGCAGUGCUCCUGCAGCCUGGAGGAAAAUUGCAUCGACAUGAACUUCUUCUGCAACUGCGACGCAGACAGACAGACAUGGGAGAAUGACACGGGAAUGUUGUCUUACAAGGACCAUUUGCCGAUGACGGAGAUUGUGGUCGGUGACACGAACAGGACGGGCUCGGAAGCCAUCUACACGGUCAGCUCGCUGCAGUGUUACGGCGACAGAUUUCUGUGGAAUGCAGCCUCUUUCUACCAGGAGUCGUCCUACCUGCUCUUCCCCACAUUUCAGGCGGAGUUGAGCGCUGACAUAGCCUUCUACUUCAAGACCACCGCUCCUUCAGGCGUGUUCUUGGAGAACCUUGGCGCUCGGGAUUUCAUACGGCUGGAGCUGAGCGCUCCUGCCGCUGUGACCUUCACCUUCGACGUGGGCAACGGGCCCGUGCUGCUGACGGUGAAGUCGCCGGUGCCCCUGAACGAUAAGCAGUGGCACUACGUGCGCGUGGAGCGCAACCCCAAGGAGGCCUCGCUGCAGGUGGACCAGCUGCCCCUGCGCUUCCUGGAGGCCGCCGCCGACGGACACUACCGCCUGCAGCUCAGCGGACAGCUGUUUGUGGGUGGCACGGCGACCAGGCAAAGGGGUUUCCUGGGCUGCAUGCGGGCGCUCAACAUGAACGGCGUGACCCUCGACCUGGAAGAGAGGGCCAAGAUGACCCCCGGCGUGAGCCCCAGUUGCCCCGGGCACUGCAGUAGCCAUAACAACCUGUCGGUGCUGGCCCAACCUGUGCCCACCUGA